AAAUACCCAAAACAUAAACAAAAGAGGUUCAGAAAAGUUUGUUUUUCGUGUUCUGCUUUGUAAAAUACUGAAGAUAUAAAACAAAUCCAACCGACCAAUGAAGCUGAAUGAAAACCUCAAGAUUAUCGGGACAAACGUUAUACUUGUGCCCUACGAGAGCAAACAUGUGCCAAAAUAUCACCGCUGGAUGCAAGACGACGAGCUACGGGAACUGACCGCAUCCGAACCGCUGACGCUGGAGGAGGAAUACGACAUGCAAAAAAGCUGGCGACAAGACGAAGACAAAUGCACCUUCCUCAUACUCGACCGGGAAAGGUUCGAACAAGCGGGCGACGAAGUAGACGCCCUCAUCGGAGACACGAACAUAUUCCUGGGGCACUCCGGUGGUGACGGUGACCAGUUCGCGAUGGGUGAAAUCGAAAUUAUGAUCGCGGAACCGCCGGCCCGUCGAAAACGCUGCGGAUGGGAAGCGACACUGCUGAUGCUGCUGUUUGGCGCAAAGCGACUAAAGCUGCAAGAAUUUCGGGCCAUAACGAAGGACACCAAUCGGCCGGCGAUGCAGAUGUUUGAGCGCAUGAAGUUUCACGAAGUCUCUCGAGCACCCGUUUUCCGCGAGGUCACCUUCGCCCGGCCAGUAGACGACGAAUGGAUGGCGUGGAUGGCGCGCGAAUUGACCACGUGCUCUAUCGUUCCCUAUCACGAGCUUUGAACUAGAAAGAGAGAUGGACGAUGAUAAAAGAGAUGAUAACGUUGACACUUUCCUAUUGUUUGUUCAGUUUAUUUUUUGGCUACUUUUAGUACAAUCGUAACCCCCCGUGCGUGCCGCUUCGUAUCCCUCGGCGUCUAAUGCACGCC